GACAGCCCAGCACGAAGCAGGAGGUAUGCCUUAACUCCUCCCCUCACUCUGCGAACUGUUACGUCCUCCUCUGAAGCCUGCAGCCGCACAGGAGCUGCCGUGCCUCGUCUUUUACGGAGGAUAUACAUAAAGCCGGAGUAAUAGCUAAACCCCGCACAGCCAUGGCAGAAAACGCCGGCUUGGAAAAUCACCGUAUCAAGAGCUUUAAAAACAAAGGGCGUGAUGUCGAGACUAUGAGAAGACAUCGAAAUGAGGUGACAGUUGAGUUGAGAAAGAACAAACGAGACGAACAUUUACUGAAGAAGAGAAAUGUCCCCCAGGAGGAGAGUCUGGACGACUCUGAUGUCGACUCAGACUUCAAAGGACAAAAUGUUACGCUUGAUGCCAUCUUACAGAAUGCUACCAGUGAUAAUGCAGUCAUACAGCUUAGUGCUGUGCAGGCAGCCAGAAAACUACUCUCCAGUGACAGAAACCCUCCUAUUGAUGAUUUGAUAAAGUCUGGAAUCCUACCCAUUUUAGUCAAAUGUCUGGAAAGAGAUGAUAACCCCUCUCUUCAGUUUGAGGCAGCUUGGGCGCUGACCAACAUUGCCUCUGGGACGUCAGCUCAGACUCAGGCUGUGGUUAAAUCCAAUGCAGUGCCGUUGUUCCUGAGACUCCUACAUUCACCUCACCAGAACGUAUGUGAACAGGCUGUAUGGGCUUUAGGAAACAUUAUAGGUGAUGGUCCACAGUGCAGGGAUUAUGUCAUCUCCUUGGGUGUGGUCAAGCCCCUGCUGUCUUUCAUCAACCCAUCAAUCCCAAUCACCUUCCUCCGCAACGUUACCUGGGUCAUUGUUAACCUCUGCCGCAACAAGGAUCCACCACCACCCAUGGAGACUGUGCAAGAGAUUUUGCCCGCCCUCUGUGUGCUAAUAUAUCACACUGAUAUAAAUAUCCUAGUUGACACAGUGUGGGCUCUGUCUUAUCUGACUGAUGGAGGCAACGAGCAGAUCCAGAUGGUCAUUGAUUCUGGAGUUGUUCCUUUUCUUGUGCCUCUCCUCAGCCAUCAGGAGGUGAAAGUUCAGACGGCAGCUCUGAGGGCAGUGGGAAACAUUGUGACAGGGACAGACGAACAGACACAGGUGGUUCUUAACUGUGAUGUCCUUUCACACUUCCCCAACCUGCUCACACACCCUAAAGAGAAGAUCAACAAGGAAGCAGUCUGGUUUCUGUCCAACAUUACAGCUGGGAACCAGCAGCAGGUCCAAGCUGUGAUUGAUGCCGAUCUGAUUCCUAUGAUCAUUCACCAACUGGCUAAGGGUGACUUUGGCACUCAGAAGGAGGCAGCAUGGGCCAUCAGCAACCUCACUAUCAGUGGGAGGAAAGACCAGGUGGAGUUCCUGGUGGAGCAUAAUGUCAUCCCUCCGUUCUGUAGCCUGCUGUCGGUGAAAGACUCCCAGGUAGUGCAGGUUGUCCUGGACGGCCUCAAGAAUAUCCUCAUCAUGGCAGGAGAUGAAGCCAGCACUAUUGCUGAGAUUAUAGAGGAGUGUGGAGGUUUGGAGAAGAUAGAAAAUUUGCAGCAGCAUGAGAAUGAAGAUAUCUACAAAUUAGCCUUUGAGAUUAUUGAUCAGUACUUUUCAGGAGAUGACAUUGAUGAAGAUCCCGGUUUGCUUCCUGAUACCACUCAAGGAGGAACCUUCAACUUUGACCCGGCAUCCAACAUGCAGACCAAGGAGUUUAAUUUCUAAAAGCCAGGAUGUUUGGUUCCACCAGAUGCACGGGUACUCUGUAAUCAUCCCAGAUAUUCAUUUGUGUCUCCAACAAUCUGGCAACCUGGUACAGAAGGAUUUUCAAAACAUCACUUCAAACAUGGACAUUCACCACAGAAGGGUUUACCCAUUCCCACCUCUGCACUGUUGGGUGGCUUUUCUAAUUUUCCCUUUUUUUUCUUUUUCCCCCCACCUCUUUGUAAAAGUGUCAUCCUUUACAGAAAACUGCAACUCUUCUUAGAAGUCCUGGUUGUUCAACAGGCACCAUCUGGCAACCUGCAUUGGUAGGACUGUCAGUUUUGUCCACCAGUGCUUCUAAAUAUCACUCAAAGGUAAAACCAGAAGGAAGAAAAAGCCUUCUUGGCAAGAUUUAUUUGCCAAAUGUCAAGUCUUCAUAAAGACAAAAACACAAGCACAUUUUCAGACACAAAUGCGUGCGCACACACACACACACACACAAAUGCAUAUAUAUAUAUAUAUAAAUAUAUGUAUACACACUUUUUGACACUUAGGUUUGUGUGCAUACUUCUGUUAGAAGCCAUCCUAUCACUUACGGGGAAGAAAUACUGCUGUUUGAUUGUGGUUUAUUUUUGUGCUUUCCCUCCCCUUGACUGUCCUCUGGUGUUACUUCACCCAUGCACACAAACACACACUGACAAACAAGUAUACACACAAACAUGCCUGGUCGCUCUGAUUCCUGAUGGCCUGGCACACCCCCCUUUCUCAACCACUUUAAAGAUUAAAUCCCAGAGCUAAGCCAUGAUUACCACGGACCCCCACUGCCCUCCCAGGAGAGUCCUUGGGCAGGUGGAGAGUUGAAAGGGCUCUAAGGUUUAAAAAAAAGGACUUUGUGGCAAACUGACUGAUGGGACUUCUGACUCAAUGACGUCACUUUUUUAAUGUGACUUCUGUUGAAUUAUCAAACUAUUAAAAAAAAAACAAAAACAAUACAAAACAUCAAAAUGUGAAGAAAAUGCCAUAACUUUUUUUUUUCUUCUUCCAAUCAUCACAUGCAACUGUAAACCUGCUAACUGCCUGCUUCUGAUUCAGAGGAAAGAUAAUAUUUUUGUUUUAAUGGAUGUGAAAACCUGUCAUGGGAGGAAGCCCCUUUUGGGUGACUGCACACAGACUUGAGAGAAGAGGAACUCGUCAGCUGUAGCGUUCAUAUCCCCUUCCCCACCCCCCACUCCCCACAGGACAUCCAUUUCUGCAGCGUGUGCUCGUACACGUCUUGUGAUCCGGCGAACUGUUUGCUCGGGACUCCCCUGUGAAAUGUGAAACUCAGAAGGGGGGGUAUUUAACGAAAACCUUCAAAGCUAAAAUCGUCCUCAAUUGCUCACCUUGACCGUAAGGUUAUUUAAAUUCAUUUUUAAAAUUUUUAUUUUCAAUCCACACUUCAAUUUUUUCUUUUCUUUUUGUUUGUGUUUCUUCUGGUCAAGUCUGUGGAGCUUCCUUGUAUAUUUUUGUUCAGUCUUAUGUACACAUCUGAGGCAUAAUGAUGUCUGCCUGCAGAAAGGGGACCUAUGCUCACUGAAAACAAGACUUGUACAAGGGUUACAGGUCCUGAUCUUUACAGUACUUAACUACUUUUGAUGAAGAGGUCACAUUUCAUCACUCAAUUUGAAUAAUUGUAAAAAGAAAUGCGAUAUGUAUCUCUCCUUGCCGUUUAAUGAGUAUAUGAAUAUUUGCAUAAAGCCUGUACAAAGCUGCUGCAGCUGACAGUCAUCGGAUGGACAAUAACUGUCAAAGAUGGCUGGGGAGGUUUUUAUUUUUCUUUUCUUUUUUUUUUUUGGAGCAAUAUUUCUUUGUUUUAUUGUUUUUAUUUUGACUUGCAUAUGUAUUGUGAUGACAUGCUGAUGAAUUUAAACAGGUUUUUUGUUUUUCCUUUUUCUUUUUCUCCCCCCUCUUUGCGGUGGUAACAGGCUGUUUAAAAUGUACUAUCCCGUGUUCCAGUUGAUGUUUGGGUUUAGGUUUGGGUUAUGGACUUCAAGCUUUAAUCCCAACCUUAACCCUGGCCUCGCAGACUUUUAUGACCCUCGGGUUGGCUGCUAACUACUUAGAGGGCGUCAUAGCAGGGAUGGGGGAGGUAUCGCACUGGGGCUUUGAAUAUUGGGUGAGGUUGUAAGGAGCAGCCCAGGCUUUGUUUUUGGGACUAGCUAUUUAUCACUGAACAAAAACUAUGGAGAAGGUGUACAGUCAUGAACUAGCAUACUAGACCGAGCCACUUUAAAGAUUUACAAUUUUGUUGCCUUGUAUCCGAAUUGGAUACAAGCUUAUGUUUGUUGCAAGAUUUUUACUUGCUAUUGAAAAGUUGUUUUAAAUAAAAUAAUAGGAGAAAAGCAACAGACAGCGUUUUGGCCUCUGAUUGUUUAUAUCUUUUUAUAAAUUUUUGAUUGAAUUCUUCUCUUUAAGGUGGCUCAUUGAUGCUUUCAACUCUUGUGCAUAUUAAAGACAAGAAUGAGUUGAAAAUCA